AGCUAAAACGAGCUUCCCUCCCUAUUCCUAAACCCAGGUCGACUCCUCGCAGCGAAACAGGCUAAGGUUUAUCUCGGCCAACGGCGAUUAUUGACCCCAUCUGAAUCGAUUUUGGAAGACUAAUUUCUUUCUUCUUAUUCUCUCCAAUGAAUUGAACUCGAUUCGGCAGGUGCAGUUCUGUUGUUGUUUUUGGGUUACCUGGUGUCUUCGAUUUUGAAGCAGAAAACAUGGAGAUUGAAAUUGAGGAAGAGACGGUAAACAAUGUCCUUUGUCAAUUGGCCGAUCCAGAAGGGUCUUCUUUGGGGGCGCCCAUGUAUCUGCCACAGAACGUUGGUCCUCAACAGCUUCAACAGCUUGUGAAUAACCUUCUCAACAAUGAGGAGAAGCUGCCAUAUGCUUUCUAUAUAUCAAAUCAAGAGCUUGUUGUACCGCUUGAAACUUACUUACAGAAACACAAAGUUUCCGUGGAGAAGGUACUGCAGAUAGUUUAUCAACCUCAAGCUGUAUUCCGUAUUCGUCCAGUCAAUCGCUGUUCAGCAACAAUUGCUGGUCACACAGAAGCAGUCCUUUCAGUUGCUUUUAGUCCUGACGGGCGACAGUUGGCUAGUGGUUCUGGCGAUACCACCGUGCGAAUAUGGGAUCUCAAUACCCAGACACCGAUGUAUACAUGUAUAGGACACAAGAAUUGGGUUCUAUGUAUUGCAUGGUCUCCAGAUGGUAAGCAUCUUGUUAGUGGAAGCAAGGCCGGAGAACUUCAGUGCUGGGAUCCACAAACUGGGAAGCCAUAUGGCAAUUCUCUUACUGGCCACAAGAAAUGGAUUACUGGUAUCUCUUGGGAACCUGUCCACCUCAAUGCUCCCUGCCGCCGGUUUGUAAGCUCUAGCAAAGAUGGUGAUGCACGCAUAUGGGAUAUUUUGAUGAGGAAAUGUGUUAUUUGUCUUAGCGGCCACACUCUUGCUGUGACUUGUGUGAAAUGGGGCGGAGAUGGAGUCAUAUAUACAGGUUCACAGGAUUGUACCAUAAAAAUUUGGGAAACUACGCAAGGGAAGCUGAUUCGCGAGUUGAAGGGCCAUGGACAUUGGGUUAACUCUCUUGCAUUGAGCACCGAAUAUGUUCUUCGCACAGGUGCUUUUGAUCAUACAGGCAAACAAUAUUCAUCUCCAGAAGAAAUGAAGAAGGUUGCUCUAGAAAGGUAUAACAAAAUGAAAAGAAAUGCCCCUGAAAGAUUGGUUUCCGGAUCUGAUGAUUUUACUAUGUUCCUUUGGGAACCUGCCGUUAGCAAGCACCCCAAAACUCGCAUGACAGGUCAUCAACAGCUUGUGAACCAUGUUUAUUUCUCUCCUGAUGGACUUUGGGUGGCUAGUGCUUCAUUUGACAAGUCUGUGAAGUUAUGGAGUGGUACAACAGGGAAAUUUGUUGCGGCUUUUAGGGGCCAUGUCGGGCCUGUUUAUCAAAUCAGCUGGUCUGCAGACAGUAGGCUUAUUUUAAGUGGGAGCAAAGACUCCACGCUUAAGGUCUGGGAUAUUCGAACUCAGAAGUUGAAACAAGACCUACCUGGUCAUGCGGAUGAGGUUUAUGCUGUUGAUUGGAGUCCAGAUGGUGAGAAGGUAGCUUCUGGUGGAAAGGAUAGAGUAUUGAAGCUCUGGAUGGGUUAAAAUUAUCCAAGAACAGAAACGUGCAUUCUGGUAAUGUCGUUUAAAUGCCAAACGACGGAGGAAAGCUGCGUGGUUUGCUGUCAUCAAUUGGUAAUCUCUGUUGUUAGUAUAAUGAUAUGAUGCAAGCAAGUCACAUUAGAUGCGACAUUAAAAGUACAUCUGAUGAACGACUCAGUUUGGUGGCAGAAGAAUGAUCCCAAAUCCCGAUUGUUGGAACUAGAGUUCGAUAACAGGUGAAUGGUCUUUGCUGUUGGGGGUUACGUUAUUAAUUUACUGCGGUGGGCAGUGCGCAGUCAUGCGAAAGUAAAAGUUCGUUAUGGCCUUCUAUCAUCUAUGUUGAUUCCAUUCACUUGCUAUUCAGAGACUCUAAUUACUAAGCGUAUAGGCUAUAUGCUUGAUCCCUUAUAAAUUCUAAAUGUAUGACUCAAUUUUGUUGCAUUGUAGCCGAGUAAUUUUGGGGUUGAUGAACUCUCCCUUCUUUCUUUCUA